AUGGCUGAGUCUACAAUUCCAUCAAAUGAACAAGUUGUCAAAGUUCCCCUGAAAGUUUUGGUGGACAAAGGCAAAAACAAAGUGGUGUUUGCUGAGGCAGGGAAGGAUUUUGUUGACGCUCUCUUUAGCUUCUUAACAUUGCCUUUAGGGACUAUUGUUAGACUCAUUCGUAAGGAGUCAAAUAUUCAACAAGUGAGAGUUGGCAGCCUCAGCUCACUGUAUGAAAGUGUGGAAAUGCUUUUGCAGCCAAGGAACUCAAUGGAAGCUUAUUGCCAACAGCUGAAACUGAACAUCGAUGACACGGAACCCAUGAAUUAUUUCCUUUGCGAGGACUGGUCUUGUUAUAUAAAUGAAAGGGGGAGCCUUUUGAGCACUUUCGGGAAUCAAAGAUGCCAUUGUGGAAAAAUAAUGAACAAAGUAGUAUCCCCAGAAAAUUUGACUCUGGGAAAUGGCUUUGUUAAGGAAACUGCUACUUUUAUCGUUUGUGACGAUCUUUAUGUCGUCCCUAAUGUUCUUGGAACCAGUGUAGGUCUGCUUCAGAAGCUUGGAAUUGAUGACAUGGAAGCUCUCGAGGAACAAACUGUAGAUAUUAGCAAUAAUGAGGUGUAUUUUCUCAGCUUGUAUAUCAUCUUUAUGGUGGAUCUGCUCAAGUUUUCAUUAUUCUCAGAGACCCCUCUGACUGACUUUAUCUUAAAGAAGAAACAACCCCUUGAUAAUUUUGACAGAGGAAACCAAUCCCAACAGAUGGUUGUGAAAUUACUGGUACAAAAAUCAAACAGUAAGAUUCUGUUUGCUGAAGCAGAGGAAAAUUUUGUUGACUUUCUUUUCAGUUUUCUAACUUUUCCCUUGGGAGUAGUGUUGCAUAUGCUUAGAGGAUUUUCUUCUUUGAGCUGCGUUGAUAAAUUAUACAAGAGCAUGACUGAAUUGAGUUCAGACAGAUAUUUAAGCUCACAGGGACUCAAAGACAAACUAGUUAAACCUCAAUGUGCCCCGCAAUUUAAGCUCAGGUCAUCAAGUUGUGCAGGAUUUGCCAAAGGACCAUCGAUGUACAUGGUGACAGAUGACUUGGUUGUGUCUCCAAUGUCAUCCAUUUCUGGGGUUUCAUGUCUAAGAUCAAAAGUCCCUCUCUUUGAUUUGGAGGAAAGGGUCAUUACUAUUCGUCUGAAUGAGGGUCUCAGCAUACUAAAAGCUUCAUUGACUUCAACGUCUGCUUUGACAAAUGGUCUUCAUCAAUUUCUGAAAAUCAUUAAGGAGGAGAAUUGA